AUCGCUCGCGCGACUCGUUACAGUAUAUCGCUGUCCUCCGCUUUCUAAAUCACAAUAUCUUGCUCUCUUCCUUUCACUAAUUUUCUUUAACACUAAUACAUCGGUGCAUACUUCUCAUAAUAAACAGAGUACAUUCGAAUGGCAUUACAAAACUACUAGAGUGAUAUCGUAGUGAUGUGUAACUAAAGGUGUAUUUCCGUCUUACAAUUCCGUCGCAUAAAAAUAUUUUUCCGUAGAAAAUUCGUUGAUAGGAUAUUCCAACAUCGACAAAUCUUCACAAAUACUGGUCAAACAUACUACAUCAAGAAAACAAAGAUGACCAAGUACUCGACCAUACUCAUUGCUGUGGUAUUCCUCUGUGGAUCUCUGGGAUAUACCACCUCGCAAGAAAACUUACCUAAUGUGGAAGAAGUAUUACAUAAAGUUUCUAAUGUCGUAGAUUUGAACAGCCUAAAUUUAUCUAAAAGCAUAGAUUUGAAUGCUUUCAACUCAUCUGUGAAACAAGUCUUGGAGGACACCAAAAAUGCUUUUAAACAAAAAUGUGAUAAAAAUGGGGGAGAGGGUGCAUUUGACAAUGCUCAAAGUGCAAAGGACAAUUUAGAACAGUGCUUUAAAUCAUUUAUUAAUUUCACACAGCUGGAAGAAGAAAUGGAGAAAAAAAAGCCUACUGGAGAUUUGGAUAUGGUAUUUAAAGAAUAUUGCCGCAAGACCCCUAUUCUUAAGAAAUGUGUCAGCAAUUUUACCACAGCAAUAGAGGCAUGCUUGGAACCAGAAGAACGAGAAAAUAAAAAGAUUAUUCAAAAUAUCACAGAUUCCCUUUUAAACUUUGUAUGUUAUAAAGAGGGAGAUCGUAUUGCUCUUUUUAUAUCUGCCAAUGGACCAGAGUGCUUACAAUCAAAGCAACAAGAGAUGCAACAUUGUAUUGAUAAUACUUUUCAGGGUUAUAUGUCUCAACUAGAUUUCAAGAACGAAUCACUUCCAGAAUUAGACAGCCUCCCAUCCCUUGUCUUUGGAACUAAAGAAUGCAUGGACAUUUCUAAUAUCCAGAGCUGUGUUGUAAGGGAAUUAGAAAAAUGUUCAGAUCCAACACCAGCAAAUAUUGUGGACUCUAUACUUAAUUUUAUACGGAAAGUAACACCAUGCCAAAAUCUGAUGACUUUGCAAAAUUCAAUGACUUUACAAAAUUCUGCUACUUCAAGCUUCACAGUUAGUCUACUUACUACAAUAAUUAUUUUUUUUACAGGUCAUAAUGGGAAAAGAACUGAGUUAACAUCUGAUGAAGAUUCUAUCAAUAAUGAUGCAUGCAGCAUAUCCAGUAGUCAGUCUGAUAAUCGCAGUAUGUUAGAUGAAGUGAAUGAUAAUGAGGUAGAUGAAUUUGCGCAACAGGAAACAUUUGAAGAAAAAUUGAAAGAAGCAGUUGAUGGAUUGACACAGAAGAGUGCAAAAGGCAGAACAAUUUGCUUCAAUGGAAUAGAAAAAAUCUUUGCCAUCAAAUAUGUUCCAGACUUUGUAGAGGAUAGGAAAAUGACUAUUACAGAUUCAGUGGAACGAGGUUUAAAAAAGGGACGUAGUGAAGAGCAAUCCACAGCAGCUAGAUUAAGUACUUUGCUUUGUGUUCAAUUGGGAGCUUUCGAAAGUGCAGAAAUAGUUUGUCAAGAUUUGAAAAGUACUUUGACUUUUAUUGCCAGUGACACUACAGCUUCUACUCAAGCACGUUCAGAGUGUUGUUGGGCUUUAAGCAUGAAUCAAUUUUUAUCAGGCAAUGACGCAAUAGCCACCAUUGAAAUUGUACAAUUACUGUCUGGUAUUUUUUCUGGUUCUUAUUUAAAAGGAAAUGGUGCUAUAGCAACUAUUUCUGGGGAAGUUGCAGCAUUACAUGCUGCGGCUAUUUCAUCAUGGACGCUUCUUUUAACUGUAAUGGCUCCAUCUGACAUAUACAAUUUACUUGCAAGCGAUAGAACCAAUAGCUACAUGCCGUCCUUAAAUAGAUUACGUGAGUUACUAGAAUCACCACAUUUGGAUAUAAGGUUGUCAGCUGGAGAGGCUCUAGCUGUAAUAUUUGAGUUAGGUCGCGAUUUCUCUUGUGAUUACGAGCAAAACUGGUCGUUAGACUUAAUCGAAGUAUUAAGAGAGCUGGCUACGGAUUCGAAUAAGUAUAGGGCGAAGAAAGACCGCAAACAACAAAGAGCUAAUUUCCGAGAUAUACUUCGCUAUAUAGAGGAAGAUAUUAUACCAGAAAUGCAUGUAAAAUUUGGUCAAGAAAUUUUGUAUUUAGAGGGAUGGUGUGCACGAAUUCAGUACAACGCGUGCUGUAGAUUACUUGGUCCGGGCAUAAAUAUUCAUCUUGCAGAAAAUCAACUACUGCGCGAAAUUUUUCAUCUUGGUAACAAAGUUUUACCCAUACAAUUAAACCAAAAGACGAGUAAAUUAGAAAGGACACUGAUGAAUGCAGCUGCAUUUAAGGCGCGUACUAUACAACGUAAUAAAAACCGAGAUAAACGAUCAGCAGCCUUGGCACCGUGAUUCUUCAACUUUUUUUUUUUAUACACUAGAUAAUCUUUUUUUAAGAUAAAAGAAACUCAAUUAAUAUUUUUAUUUAUUAUAACCAUUCUGUAACGAUAAAAAAUUUCACUGCUUUUACAAUAGGCUACUUUAAAUUGUAAAUAGUAAUG